UCAUGUACCAGUAUUUAUCACGCGUUGAUUAUUAGCUGUGGACGGUACGGAGUAGAGUGCAGGGAAUCCAUGAUGAGGGCAUCGGAUCAUUGGAGGAGACAUCUGACACAACUGACACAAAAUCAGCUGAUUAUGACAGUCAUCGGGUAUAGUUAUCAAGUUAAUGCAACAAUGAAGUUCAUCUUAAUUUUUAUCAUCGUUUUUAUGUAUGUUAUCAAUGAAAUUAAGCCUUGGAAACUUAUGGCAACACAAAGAUCACCAGUAAUUUUUGUUCCUGGAGAUGGUGGAAGUCAACUUGAAGCGCAACUCAACAAAACUGUUGUUCCUCAUUACCUAUGUGAAAAAGUAUCUUCAGAUUAUUUUAAUAUUUGGUUAAAUCUCGAACUUCUAGUACCGAUAAUAAUUGAUUGCUUCAUUGAUAAUAUGAAAUUAAUAUAUCACAAUGAUACUCGAACUACAACUAAUACUAAGGGUGUAUCUGUAAGAGUACCAGGAUGGGGUGAUCCAUUUUCAGUAGAAUAUUUAGAUCCCAGUAAAGCAUCUCCAGGAAACUAUUUCAAAGAUGUUGGUAAUAUGUUAGUAAAUCAAUUGGGGUAUGUAAGAAAUUUAUCUCUUCGUGGAGCACCAUAUGAUUUUAGAAAAGCCCCAAAUGAAAAUGGAGAGUUUUUUAUUAAGUUAAAGCAGCUUGUAGAGGAAACAUAUAUAAUUAAUAAUAAAGUACCGAUAACUUUGAUUGCUCACAGUAUGGGUGGACCCAUGACUUUAUUGUUUCUUCAAAACCAAACUCAAAAAUGGAAAGAUCAGUAUAUAAAGUCAUUGAUAACUCUUGGAGCUGUGUGGGGAGGAUCUGUAAAAGCACUAAAAGUUUUUGCUGUAGGAGAUAAUUUAGGCGCAUAUGUUCUUCGGGAGAGUAUUCUAAAAGAUCAGCAAAUAACCAGUCCAAGUCUUGGAUGGUUACUUCCUUCUAAAUAUUUUUGGAAAGAUACUGAAGUGUUGGUGCAAACACAAAAGACAAAUUAUACGCUACUUGACUUACAACAAUUUUUUUUAGAUAUUAAUGUGCCAAAUGGAUGGGAGUUUCGUAAGGAUACUGAAAAAUUUCAAGCUAAUUUUGCCGCACCUGGCGUAGAAAUGCAUUGUUUGCAUGGAGUCAACGUCAGUACAGUUGAAAGAUUAUACUACAAGCCUGGUGUAACAUUAGAUAGCUAUCCACAGCUGAUUUUAGGAGAUGGAGACGGGACUGUUAAUUUAAGAAGCUUAGAGGGUUGCCUUUACUGGAAAACUAAACAAAAACAAAAAAUUUAUCAUCAAACUUUUGCAGGAGUUGAUCAUAUGGAGAUAUUGAGAAAUCAACAUGUUCUAGAUUAUAUCAAAACAACUCUAAGUACAAUUUAG